UGACGGAGGCGAUCGUGUUUUCUCUGCGGCUAGCGUGGGCAGGGUGCAGCGAUCUAAAGACCCCCCCCGUCCGUGCGGGGGGCGUCUAGUUCCGUUUGCGAGCGGGAAGGCGGUGGCGGCGGCUGCUGCCCGAGCCCGCGGGAGAGGUUUUCAAGAUGUCGGGCCAGAGAAAAUGCCCUGAUUGUGGCUCCUCUGAAAUUGUGGAGGAUGCACAUUAUGCUCAGAACCAACUGGUGUGUGCUGACUGUGGGUUUAUCCUCACCGAGGGGCUCUUGACAACCACUUUCCAAGAUGAAGAACAUUUACAAGAAGUGACAUAUUCACGGAGUACCGGCCAGAAUGAGCAGCUGAGCCGCUGUAAGCUACGAGGGAUCAAGCGUGUCCAGGAUCUCUGCAAAGUCCUCUAUCUCCCAGCUGUGUUUGAAGACACAGCCCUGUCCUAUUUCCAGCGAGCAAUUGAACACCCCUCCUUCCACUUAGUCAGCUUGGAGAAGAAGGAGAUUCUAGUAGGCUGCUGUGUCUUUGUGACCUGCCGGCAGCACAACUGGCCCCUGACCAUGGGUACUAUCUGCUCCCUGCUCUACGCAGACAAGGAGUUGUUUGCCAGCGUCUACCUGUGCGUCCUGAAAGAGCUUGAACUGGAUGUGCCAGCCCUGAGCCUGACGGAUCUGGUGAAAACACACCUUAACAGUUUCAAGCUGUUCCAGAGUUCAGCUAGCGUCCCUGCCAAAUUUGCUGAGGACAAGGAAAAGAUGGUUGCCCGAACAAUCCAGAUUGUGGAGCUGGCCAGUGAGACGUGGCUGGUGACAGGCCGGCAUCCCAUUCCCAUCGUCACUGCUGCGGCCUACCUUGCGUGGCAGUCGCUGCAGCCCGUGGGGCGCCUGACAUGCACCUUCCCUCGCUUCUGUAAGCUGGCAGGUACAGACCUACCUCCACCGGCCCACCUGAGGCUGAAGGAGCUCAACGACAUCCUCUUGAGAAUGGCCUCCCAGCUGGCCUGGCUGCGCGUGCUCAACGUGGACAAAAAGACUGUGGUCAAACACAUCGGGGACCUGCUCCAGCACCGACACUUCCUGCUGAGAAGCUCCUUUAGCUCAGGAGACACUGAGGAUCAAAGUGCCACAGCAGUGGGCGAUGGCUCUGUGAGUUCACCACAAGCUGCAGGGUGCUCGGCCCAAGCUGAGGGCUGCCACCCUGGGGGCAAACAGAAAUGCAGCAGCGUACGGAGGCCUUUGCUGCCACCGUGCCUUAUAAACCCCAGGAAGAGACUUCGAACAGCAGCCCUGAGCCCUUCGGACCAGGCUAUCACUGGAGACGAGGCCAUUUCGGACAGCGAAAUAGAGCAAUACCUGCGGAGCCAGGAGGAGAUGCAGGAGUUCAGCAAGGCCCAGGCCUGGCACUGAAUUGAGCUCCCAAGAGCAACAUGGGCAAAGGCACUAAGAAUUAGCCACCUGAAGCAAAGGUAUGAAUUCUCCAGCACAGCUGUCUGCGGCACUGCUAGUGGACACGCUUCCCACUGGAGAAAUAGGAUAAUGGGGCCUCUUAAGUGUUCCAUGCUGCGGGGAGGAAUUGUAAGUAAAUGACAAUAUGUCUCCUAGUUCUGCUGGGGCAGAAAAUUAAAAUACCAGAAUGACUUCCUAACUGAGACUUUCCUAGGGAAACUGUUUGUUAGUUUGUUAGAAAUAAUCCACAUGGCUGCCAGAAAUGCCUUCAGGACGUUCUCUUACCAAUUUACAGUUAGUCAUUUUGUUGAAAUUCAGAUGUUCUCCAGCAUCGUCCUGGUGCAGCCCUUACAAGCGAGUCUAACUUGUCUGUGUACUGAUCGAAGGUGGCGGCAGUAGCAUGGGUAAGUAAUUCUGUUGUGCCUGUCAAUAGAAACAUGAUCUGUGUGGUUUUGGUUAGGACUAAUUGCUUUGCAUUUCUUGCCCUAAAUUGUAGGAUUAUUUGGAUGAGGAGGGCCCUUGAAUAGGUCAGCCAGUUCAUUUCUCAGGGCACACAAGCCUUCCAUGAAUUAUUAUAGAACAAUAUCAGGGUUAUGCAUUUACCUUUGGAGAUCUGGAGGAGAAAGAGAGUACUUUUUUCCUGUCUAAACUGGAGUAACACUUGGUGAAAGCUCAGUGUUCCAACCUUGCUGUUUGGCACUUGGUUCAUUUGAGUUCCUUCCCAUGAAGUGUGACCCUGCUAUGUUGUUUCACUAGAGCUCAGCUGCAUUGUUUGUGAUCUAGUAGAACUGCCACUUUCAUUUGCUGUUAAGGCUUUUUUCAAAAUGUAGUGCCUGUUUCCCUCGGUGAGCAAUAUGAACGCCCUGUGUUUUAGACCACGUGUGGGCAUCACGCUACAAGAUCAGUCUUGGGGCCACUACCACGGGGACAGAUAGUGGGUUGGGUUGGGUUGGAUAUCAGAGACAUCCCUAAGAAUACUGUUGGGAAGCUAGCGUUGUCCUCUGCCUAGUAAGGAAAACAGUUCUGACCUUGGCUGUUAAAUUUAUUAUGUGAAGCUGCUGGAAUUCUGAAUCCUUUCUUUGUACGAUUAUGGCACCAUUUGUUGAUAUCUAAGUACAGCCAAAUUCAAUAAAAGAAAUGACCUUGCUGUG